AGGCAGCUGUGGCCCCUGAAGGAUAUUAAGCUGACAGCCAAUCAGGCUCUGCCGCUGACCAGGAGUCCAGCACACCCCACACCCUACCCGAGGAGAAAGAGAUAUUCCAUCGUGAGACACAAGUGUUUCCAGUCUGCAAUCGAGUGUCUGCAGAAAAUCAUCUCGACGGUUGACCCGAAGGAGAAGCUGGGGAUCAUCCUGAAGACGUAUCAGGAGAUCGAGAAGACGGUGUCCCAGGUGCUGAGGAAAGACUACAAGCUGCCCAUGGACGACCUGCUGCCGCUGCUGAUAUACGUGGUGUCUCGGGCGGGGAUUCAGCACUUGGGAGCAGAGAUCCACUUUAUACAAGAUCUGAUGGAUCCCAGUAACCGGGGAGGAAUAAAUGACUUCCUGCUGACCGCUGUGGAGUCUUGUUACGAGCACAUUCAGAAAGACGAGGUUCGGCUUUUCAAAUGAUGCACAAGAUUCACGACCUAAAACCGGACGAGUCUAUGGAAAAGGCGGAGCAGAAGCUUUCUCCGCCCACACUAUUAAUGGACUCCUCCCACCGCUCCAGGAGGACACGCCUUAUCUGGAUAUUCCUUCUUCAUCUGACACACAGAUAAAUCAGUUCAUAUAUUCCUUUCAUAGAUAAAACGCUUGCACAUAAGGAAACCGAACAGUGUACAUACCAGUCCUGCCCAGAAAUAGUCCCCGAGAGGACGGAAAGGAAGGGAUCAGCAGCGCCACCUGCUGGCCGGCAACAGAACUGGAGCUAAAUCAGAGAUCUGCAGCGCCACCUGCUGGCCGGAAACAGAACUGGAGCAAAAUCAGAGAUCUGCAGCACCACCUGCUGGCCGGCAACAGCACUGGAGCAAAAUCAGAGAUCUGCAGCACCACCUGCUGGCCGGAAACAGAACUGGAGCUAAAUCAGAGAUCUGCAGCACCACCUGCUGGCCGGAAACAGAACUGGAGCAAAAUCAGAAAUCUGCAGUACCACCUGCUGUCCGGAAACAGAACUGGAGCUAAAUCAGAGAUCUGCAGCACCACCUGCUGGCCGGAAACAGAACUGGAGCUAAAUCGGAGAUCUGCAGCACCACCUGCUGGCCAGGAGAGGGACUGGAGCUAAAUUAUUUUUUUAAAAAUUGGACUUUUCUAUCUAUUUAAAAUGAAAAUAAUGUUAACCCAAUGACAGAUUAGAAAAAUUAUAUAUAUAUAUUCAAUGAAAUCAACAGGACGGACUGAUAUCACCACCUGCUGGUCAGGAGCAGAACUGUAAUUGAAGAAGAAAGCGCAUAGAAACACAAGGACAGACAAGAUAUUAACCCUACGACGUCACUACAGCUGCUGAUAUAUCGUGUCACUGUGUUGGACGAUUUAUUAUGCAUUCACGAUUAUUGCAAAAAAACAAAAAAAAAACAAGAUUCAAACACUUUUGCUGCAAUCGGCCUCAUUUAAAGGGGCAGCGCAGCCCUUGCAGCCAAAUCCACUUUUUUUUUUCCUGGUGACGUCAUCUGUUCUGUGCAGGUCCGGUCACGGGAACAUUGUGGAGCGCAGAUGGUGUGAGGGCCCCUUUAAGAGGCGCAUAGAGGAUCGAGAGAAAUAAUUUAUUCAGUAGAUUAUUAUAUUUAUACCGCAUAGUGUGUAAGUCGGAUCGGGGGAUGUUCACACUACAGGGAACUAGAGAUGAGCGAACUUCAUAUUUUGAAAUUCGUUUAUGCUUCGUUUGGUGGUAAAAGCAGAAUUGCGCAAUGGAUUCCGUUACCGCGGAACAUAACGCAAUUCUAUGACGGAAUGGCUUUAGAGGACUCCCCUGCCAGCCCAUAGACUUCUAAGUCCUCUCCUGCCUCUAAUGCAUUCCGUUAUACAUUCCGUCAUAGAACUGCGUCCUGGUCCGCGGUAACGGAAUCCAUAACGCAAUUCUGCUUUUACCACCAAACGAAGCGUGAACGAACUUCAUAACAUUAAAUUCGCUCAUCCCUACGGGGAACCUUUCAUCCAAUAUAGAAUAGCAUUUAAUGCUUUAGGGCAGCAUGCAAAGGGUUAAAUUGUAAAAAUGGCAAUUUUUACAUUAAAGCUCCUCACUGGUU